UGAAGGCUCUGCUAAUUUUAAGCUUUAUUAUUGAGUGCUACACUCAUCAUCCAUUACCUAACAGGUCAAAACAUCUGUCAUGCAUGAGAGAACAAGUCCUCCAGACCAGUCUAGACAGUGAAGAUGUAAAGGAGUAUCAAGAAAAGCAGAUUUCCUACAGAAUAACUACAACAUGGGACAGCAAACCAGUAUUACAUAAGCCAGUGACAAUCACUUUCAAGCCACAUGAAGACGGGCUCCUCAUGGAAGUUUAUUCCCUGUUCUUUGAUGAUCCAACAGCGCCACCUGGGAAACCGGGUGAACCUUUCAAUGGUCUUUGGGAUUACGAAGUUGUUGAAUCUUUUUUCCUGAACAGCGAGACCACUCAAUAUUUGGAAGUCGAGCUGUGCCCGCACGGGCAGCAUCUGGUACUACUGCUCUCUGGAGUUGGAAAUGCUUUUAAAACGGAGCUACCACUGGAAUUUACAGCAGAUACUGCAUCAGAAUGGGGCAAAUGGCAUGGCACUGCUCUGAUCCCAUGGUCCUAUUUCCCUCCUGGUGUUAACAUGAUGAAUUCCUAUGCUAUCCAUGGCUCUGGAAUUGGCAGAGUUUAUGAGUCCUUAUACCCAAUUCCUCCAAAGGAAAUAGCUGAAGGACAAGGCCCCAAUUUCCAUCGUCUGGAAUAUUUCAAAGAAUUUAACCUGCAAUGGAUUAUGGGAGAAGAAUGGCAACAGCCGAACUCUGCCCUCUGGGAAUCUUCUGCAUGA